AUGGAGGAUGAACAAUAUGGUAAUGAUUUAGCCAUGGGAAUUUCAAAGGAUCUUAGGGAAAAAGUCAUUCCUGGUACACCUAAAGAUUAUGUGCAAGUUUAUACCGAGUAUUGGGAUUGUGAACCGGAUAAGCGUCAACCAUAG